CCUGAAGACAACACUGAAGAAGAAGCUGUCCAACGACAUCGUGGACCUGUCGGGCAUCCCGCUGUCGGGCCGCGACGUCCAGCGGGUGGCGCUCUUCCUGCAGGGCUGCGUGGUGCCAGUGACGGCGGUGGACCUCAGCUUCACCGAGCUGCAGGACGAGGGUCUCCGCGCGCUGUUGCCGCCGCUCGCCGCGCUGCCCAAGCUCACCACGGUGGCCGUCAACGGCAACCGUCUGACGUCGGCCGUCCUGAAGGACCUGACGGAGGUGCUGAAGGAGCCGCGGCGCUUCCCCAGCCUCUCCUGGGUGGACCUGGGCAACAAUGUCGACAUCUUCACACUGCCGCAGCCCUUGCUGGUGGCGCUGCGGCGGCGCUUCGGCCUGCGCAGCAGCCUGCCGACCAUCUACGAGUACAGCGAGGGGGGACACCACCAUGGUGGCGGCGGUGGUGGUGGUGGUGGUGGAGGAGGGUGGAGGAGGGACAGCAGGUAG